AUGAUGAAUGUCUUUUUGUCGAAAUAUCUGCUCUUCUUUAUAAUAUCGAUUUCAAGAUUAGUUUCUUGUUAUCCAUAUGAAGCUUAUUCGAUUAAUAAACAAUAUCCUCCAGUUGCUAGAAUUAAUGAAACAUUUAAUUUCCAAAUUUCUAAUGAUACCUAUAAAUCAAAUAAUGGAGUGUCGCAAAUUUCUUAUCAAGUUUAUGGUUUGCCAACUUGGUUAAGCUUUACUUCAGACACACGUACUUUCAGCGGUACUCCACCUAGCAAAUUACUGAGUGAUGAUAUCGAUAAAUUGUAUUUCCCAAUUAUAUUAGAAGGUACUGAUGAAGCUGACAAUAUUGGUUUGAAUAAUACUUAUCAGCUUGUUGUAAGUAAAAAGACCAGCAUUGAAGUUGCAAGUGAUUUUAAUUUAUUGGCCCUAUUGAAAAAUUAUGGCUAUACGAAUGGUGCAGAUGGGUUGAUCUUAUCUCCAUAUGAAAUUUUUAAUGUUACCUUUGAUAGGUCAACUUUUACAGAUGAACAAGAGAUUGUAGCAUAUUAUGGGCGUUCAAGACAAUAUAAUGCUCCACUACCGAGUUGGUUAUUUUUUGAUCCAAAUACAUUAAAGUUUAGUGGAACUGCGCCAGUUGCUAAUUCACAAAUUGCUCCUCAGAUAGGAUAUGAAUUCACAUUAAUUGCAACUGAUAUUGAAAAUUAUUCAGCUGUCGAAGUACCAUUCUCAUUAGUUAUUGGUGCACACGCUUUGACAACCUCAAUUCAAAACACUUUGGUAGUAAAUAUUACAGAUACACGUAGUUUCAGCUAUGAUAUCCCUUUGAAUUAUAUUUACUUAGAUGGUGAUGAAAUUAAUACAAAUAACAUUAGUAGAAUUGCUCUUAAUGAUUCACCAUCAUGGGUGAAAAUUGAUAAUUACACUGUAGAAGGUACAGUACCAGCAGAUACAGAUCUAUCAAAAUCAGAAACAUUCUCCCUUGCAAUUUAUGAUAUCUUUGGUGAUGUUAUAUAUUUGAAUUUCGAAAUAAUGUCAACUACAAAUUUAUUUGCAGUAAAUUCAUUACCAAAUAUUAACGCAACCCGUGGAGAAUGGUUCCAAUACAAUUUUUUACCUUCCCAAUUCACGGAAUAUUCUAACACGAACGUAACUGUAGAAUAUACAAACAAUACCGAAGAUUUUACUUGGUUAUCAUUUCAUGCAUCUAAUCUAACCCUUUAUGGUAAUGUCCCUGAAGAUUUCAGUUCAGUGUCAUUAAAUUUAGUAGCAGAACAAAAUUCUAGGAUUGAUAAAUUAGGAUUUAGAAUUUUGGGUACAAAUCCAGUUUUACCUAAUAAUACAACAAAUCAUAAUAUCACUACAUCAAGAAAUUCUUCAUCAACUACUAGGUCUUCCUCAACGUUAUCAUCAUUAGCCAGCUCUUCAUCAUCAUCUUCUUCAUCAUCUUCGGUGUCUGAAACUUCGUCAAUUUCUGCCAGCACAGCGCAAAGUACCGAAUCAACUACAAAUGGACCAGUUUCAGCUAAUUCAGAACAUUCUUCUAGCAAAAAAGCAGUCGCUAUAGGUUGUGGUGUUGGUGUUCCAGUUGGUUUAAUUGUAAUUUGUAUAAUUAUAUUUCUGUUCUGGAGGAAAUCACAUAAAAAAGACAAGAAUGUUGAAGAUACAGAAAAGGGACAAGAUCCAAAAGGUCCUGGAAAUGGACCUGUAACAGGUAGCCAAGAUGACAGCGAUGCAACCAUAGAUCCAUUUAGUGAUGUGAAUGCUAAAAGGAUGGAUGUUCUAAAUGCUAUAAAACUAGACAAUAUUUCGUCUUCAUCUGAAUCGGAUAACUUUACUUUGGAUGAAAAGAAGAGCCAUCAUAGUAUCGGUAGUAGUGGCAACGUAUAUUUUGACGCAUCGAAUUCACCAAGUACAGAGAUGUUAUUGGGAAAGCCUGAUAAUUAUUCAUCUGAUGAUGUGAGAUUCAAUAGAACAUCUUCAUUAUAUUUAAAUAGUGAACCUGCUAGUAGAAAAUCAUGGAGAUUUAAUCCAGAUAGAACGAUAAAUGGUAAUAAUAGAGAGAUAAGGGAUAGUUAUGUAUCCUUGAAUACAGUUUCUACGGACGAAUUUUUGAACACUGAGUUGAGCAAUGAAGAUGAGAUAGAAAAGGAUCCAAGGAAGUCAGCAUUAGGGUUAAGGGAUUCCAUGUUCAACAAUAGAGAAUCCGUGGAUUCUAAACAACGUCAUUCUAGUAGAAGAUAUUCAUCCAAAUAUGGAGUUCUGCCUGCAUUAGACGAAGCUUUCAGUCAUUCAGAAUAUACAUCUGAAGGUACUAUGUCGACAUCAUCUUCUGAUCAAUUUAUUCCAAUUAAAUCAGGUGAAAGAUAUAAAUGGGUUACCAAAAAUGAGCCAGACAGAAAGCCAAGUAAAAAAAAGUACAUAGAUUUGCAUGAUGGUAAUAACAUCGAUAUUCAAAGGGGUUUAGAGAUUGAAGGUCAUAGUCCUGAAAAACUAUGA